AUGCUUCAGUCCUUUCAGACACCAGAUUCGAUCCUAGAGCGCAAGAUCACAGACAACAUCGCAGGAUACAUCAAGGAAGGAGGACAGCCCCUGUUGCUGGUCAACGCACUUUCGAGCAGCUAUGUUGGUGUCCCAGAGAUGUGUAACCUCAUGUCAGAUUGGGCGCGCGAGUUCGAUAUCGACCCCGUGGACGUCAUGCAGGAGGUUCUCAAGGAACAACUCAUGGAACGGUUCGAUCCCGAGAGUGUUGACAAGGAGUUCAAAGAAGAUCAGAGAGUGUUCCUGAGCGUAACGCCAUCGCAAAAGGGUCAGGACGACUGGCUUUCCAUGAUGAUUCGACACCCCUUCUGGAGAUCAGUUAUCUAUGAGCUUUCAGAAGAACACCAAAAGUGCGCGUUCCUCAACUUUGCCAUCCAGAGAAUUUCGGAUGCUGGAUAUCAAGGAGAGAUUGCAAGUGUAGCGACAGCGUCGACGUUCGUCGGUGUGUUUUCAGGAGUGCUAUUGGAGUCUCUGGACAAGCUGAGAGAAGAAGACGACGUCGGCUUGCUGGACAAACUGCCUGAUCUCAUUAAUGAACACACCUACCUCUACACCCAGAUUCUGCUGUUCCGGUUGAUGAAGACAGACAGGGGACUACCAUUGAAGCGGAUAUCAAAGGAACUGGAAUCGGGCGUCUUGGAAAAGUUCAACAAGGCGUACAGCAGCGAUGAUCCGCCGUCGUCGUUCUUUUUGCGUGACCCCGAGUUCUUUGAGAUCAUGCUCUCCUCGAUCUUCGUGCCAAGCUUCAAGGGUGGCAUGGUCAAACAGGAUCACAAAGAGAAAUACUUAUGGCUGAUAGCCUAUGCUGCUAGCGUGCAUGAGAACGACGACAUGGGUCCGGACACAACAGAGGUUCAGCCGACAUACGACGCCAUACUUGCGUUGGAGGACACCCUGUCAAAGAGGACGGCAGGAACGGACUUGACACCUAUCCUUGCCAACCUUUUAAUUGCCAUUGAGACGCCGGUCGCCUCAAUGGCCUUGUUGUAUUGGAUUCAGUUUGUGAUUACAGAGACGAGUUACAUCGAGACAUACUUUAGAAGUCAUGAAGUGCCCGUUCCUUUGCUCUUGAUUGAAGAGAUGGCCUACAAGCAUCCACUGCAACAGACGGCAGUCUUUACCACUCUAGUCAACUUUUUCGAGGCGCCCCUGGAACUCAAUCCUGAGAUCAUGAUGACAUAUCGCAAGUCCAUCUUGGAGAGGAUGAUUUACUUGAUGCAACUGAAUUUCGCAAUGCCGGUCCUGGACUAUAUCCGAGUGAGAGCGCGCAAGAUGGAUCAAUCGCUCUCUAUGCACUUUGUGAAACGAGUGCUGGAGAUGGUGAGCGGACCAUACUCGAAAAAGUUCAUCGAGGGCAUGGGCCAAAUGAUUCAGGAAAUCGUGGAGGUGAUCAAGAAAACGGAAACUGAACCCAUUGUGAGAGCGUGGAUCGAGGAAGUCGUGUUGCAACCCAUCGAUGUGGAGAUGCAGAACCCUCCGACACCCGUAUCGUCGUCGUCGACACAUGAGACGCCGACGUCGGCUGCUGCUGCUGCCAAUGACAGUGGACUGAGUACUAUCCAAGAGAUCAAGAGACGCCUGGAAGAGCACCGACGCUAA